GUGAGCUCUCCGCCCAUGCCCAACAAAUAUCAGCUCACUUUCUUAGCUUCGUUUGUUUCCAUCUUUACCGUCCUCGUCCUCGCCUCCCACUUCCUCAAGGCGAAACUCAAGGAAGCCGGAUACGACCCCGCGCGCCUCAUUCUAAUUGGACUCGAGCCGACGACGACGGACGGAGCAGGCGCCGGCAAGAUGCCAGCUGGCAACGAAAAGUUCACGAUCCCUGGGUUCAAGGGCGACACCGCGCUGCUGACGCAGGUCAUUGCGGGCUUAUUGGCAGUGGCCACGACCGUGUUCAUUUACACAAAGUUCGGGCAGAAGAAGCGUAAGCCGGUACUGGACCCGCAAGUAUGGCAGGAGUUCCCUCUGGUUGAGAAGAUUGCCAUCUCACCCAAUACCGCCAUCUACCGUUUCGCUCUGCCGCACCCGGAGGAUAUCCUUGGUCUGCCCAUCGGACAACACAUCUCUGUGCAGGCCGAGAUCAAUGGCAAGGAUAUCAUGCGCAGCUACACUCCGACCAGUAGCGAUGAUGACCGAGGCCACUUCGACCUCCUCAUCAAGUCGUACGAGCAGGGCAACAUCUCCCGCUGGUUCUCCCUUCUCAAGAUCGGCGACAAAGUCCGCGUCAAGGGUCCCAAAGGCCAAUUCACCUACACCCCGUCACUCUCGCGCGAGCUCGGCAUGAUCGCCGGCGGCACCGGUAUCACGCCCAUGCUCCAGAUCAUCCGCGCCGCGCUCAAGAACCCGCUCGAUCGCACCAAGCUCAGCCUCAUCUACGCCAACGUGAACCAUGACGACAUUCUGCUCAAGAAGGAGCUCGACGAGCUUGCCGCGAAGCACGCAGACCGGUUCAAGCUCUACUACGUGCUCAACAACCCGCCUGCGAAUUGGCAGGGCGGCGUCGGCUUCGUGAGCAAGGAGCAGAUCAAGGAGCACCUGCCGCCGACGGACCACAAUAUCAAGAUUCUUCUGUGCGGCCCGCCGCCUAUGAUGACCGCCAUGAAGAAACAUCUUGAUGAACUCGGUUACCCGGCUCCUCGCACCGUCAGCAAACUCGUUGACCAGGUGUUUCUUUUCUGAGCGCGCCUCACGAUGGCAAAGGAAUCAUUACAUCAAAAUACACAAUACAUUAGAUUAUUGUCUCUCACAUUUGGGGUUUGCUUGAAUCUAAGUCGGUACUGUCUCAAUGCAAGCUUUCGUAUUGUCACCUCAUCCCGAUCAUCCCUGAUUCGCAACUAACUGCCGACAUACACCUCAGCGUGUGUGUGCGACAAGAGGAUACUUACCAUCAAUAUCAGCCUCAC